AUGAGGUUAUCAGGCAUACCUCCACUUGCCGAGUCCGGAGAGGAUGUUUCUGCAACGCUCGCCUACUUCCCUCAGCUGCCGACAUUCGACACUACCAGGCUGGUAUCGAAUACAGGGACAACCGAUCUUGCUUUUCACUUCCUUCGCAAUAUCAACGACGAGGUCGAACAGAUGGAGAGUCUGGAGAGAAGACUGCUACUUGGACGGAUCACGAAGGCGCUGCAGACUGCAAGUGUAGACCCACUCCAGCCAAUGGAAAGCGGGAAUACAAAAAUGCUCGCAGUCGUUAGCAGCUUCAUUCGGCAAUGUCAAGUGGUAUUAUCCCCUCGGGCCCUUGUCCGGGUCUUUGACGACAUCGUCAAUUAUCUAGAGGGACUAAAAGAGGAGGCUGCAUAUCAGGAGAGCACAGCGGCGCUGCCAAACAUAGAAGACUAUCUGCGAGUGCGGUUGGGAACAAUCGGCCUACGACCUUUCUUUACCAUCUUGAGACACACACUGACUAUCAGUACAAGCAGCAUCAAAGACAGCUCGAGCUUCUGGACAUCGCCUCUCCACUCAAAACUGCUCGAUUGUAUACAACCUGCUAUCGGUCUACAAAAUGACAUCGUGGGUCUUUCUAAGGACAUUAAAAAAAGCGUGCGUAUGAACCUAGUCAUGGUGCUACUCGAGCAACAGCACAAAACUACGAGCGAUCUCGAGGCCGUCAGCAUGGCACUCACUACAGCCGUGUCGAUCCAUAACACCAAGAUGCAAGAGCUGGGCAGCGCACGCGCAUCGGUACCAGUCGAAGCAUACAAGUCUUCUGGAGAUGUUGUCGAGUGUGGCGCAGAGUACAGCUGUGGAGGAACUCAGGUUCAAGGCGAGGGUGAUACGGACGCGACGGUCGAUGGGCCGGCUUUCGAUCAGCCAGGGGAUGAGGUGAUUUAG